AUGCUGGCACCGCACCAAAAAAAGUUGAUCGCAGAGGCACACGCGCAGGACGCCCGUAAUGCGGCUGCGGUCAACGGUGAACAUGAACAUGAACAUGGCGGCGGCGAUGGCCCCAAGAGAGUCUGGACCACACUCAUCACCAACACCGACUAUCUCUCGGGCCUCCUGACGCUCGACUACUCCCUGAAGAAGACGGGAUCGAAGUACCCCCUGAUCGCGUUAUACACCGAUACAUUCCCCGCCGGAGGGCUCGAGGCACUGCGAAGAAGAGAUAUCCCGGCCAAAAAGAUCCCAUACCUUCUGCCCUCUGUUUCCAAGGACUAUGCCAACGAUCCGCGCUUCUACGACUGCUGGAGCAAGCUUACGCCAUUCAGUCUGACGGAAUAUGACCGCGUGGUACAACUGGACAGUGACAUGAUGGUGCUUCAGAACAUGGAUGAACUGAUGGACCUUGAGUUGGACGGACCUGAAAAGAACGGGGAGGGGAACAGGGUCUAUGCCGCCAGCCAUGCCUGUGCUUGCAACCCGUUGAAGAAAUCGCACUACCCUAAACACUGGGUGCCGGAGAACUGUGCCUUUACCUCACAACAUAAUACACCCGAUGAUGCACAGGUCCAUGGUCCAUCUCCUACUGCGGGUAUCGCUUGCCCGAACGGAGGCCUUGUUGUCUGCAACCCCAGCCAGGGGACUUAUGACAAGAUUCUCAGCGCCAUGCAAAAUGGCGCCAUUACCUCGGGCUACGACUUUGCCGAUCAGAGUCUCUUGGGCGAUCAGUUUCACGGCCGCUGGGUCGGGCUGCCUUAUGUUUAUAACGCGUUAAAGACGAUGCGGUGGAAAGGCGUUCACGAUGCGAUAUGGCGGGAUGAUCGGGUCAAAAAUAUACAUUAUAUCUUGAGUCCAAAGCCUUGGGACGAGAAGCCGGAAGAGACAAAAGACGAAACACAUCGGUGGUGGCAGAAGGUGAAUGACGAGAGACUGCAACGUGAACGAAGUGAUGGCAUCUCCGACGGUUUCUAG